CCUCGGAGUUGACUUUCCCCAUUGGGUGCCACAGCUCUUUCCACACUCGCUAGAGACCUACCACCACAAUAGAUUAGGGUGAUGCGGGAAAGCUUUGCAGAGGAUAGAAAAGGUGUUUAUAACUAGUGUGAUCCGACAGAUGUCGCCAGCUGCAGCAUUUCCCGCAGCACUGGUGUUUGUCGGUCGAUUAUUGAAGUGGGAUGCUCAGUCUGGCUACUUAGCAAAUAGAAAUGACAAUAAAGAAAAUCGGGAUCAUUGGUGCUGGCCCGGGUGGCUUGAUUGCCUUAAACGAGUUCCUGCUUACCGGUGUAGACGGGAAAUCUACCAUAAUAAGUUUGAAUUCGAAAGACAACAAGCUACCGGAGAAAGGGGCCUUUGAUGAGAUUGUGGUCCAGUAGCAAGGCAGUGAUGUGGGAGGUGUUUG